AAUAGCUGAUUUGACUCUAGGUCGGAACCCUUUGGAGGUGACAUUUGUUGCAGGGGGAACCACAAUAAUUAAAUGGACCGGAAGUAGAUAGAGUCACAUUGAACAUUUUGAACUGGCGAGUCCAUGAUGCUCUUGAGGGUGCAACAGCCAUAGGACUAUAAACCAUGUUUCUUCCAAGGGUGGUUUCACGGCUGAACCGGCUUUCCCAAGUGUCUGGUUCAUUGCAGAACCAGAGCCAGGUGUUAUGCAGUGCUGUUCAACACUGUCGUUCUACCCGUUUCAGAACGCUUCACUAUACAAAUAGAUGCUUCACUUCAGCUGCUGACAACAAACUUCCACCCAAACUAUGGACACCUCUUGAGCCAGAGUUAGAGGAGGUUCUUGUACCCCGUAAACUAUCAGUUUCACCAUUGGAAAGCUGGCUUUCUCUGCGCUACUCUCUCCCCCCAUUGCUGGAGGCCUCUCCGCCUCUGCAAGAAGGUGAGAUUGUGGGAAAAUCCAUGGUGUUGCCUCCGUGUGCGCUGCCAUUACUGGAGAAUGGGGAGAGCCCAACACCACUGAACUGCAAGAAUGUGCUGGAGAUCCGACGAAGGAAGAUGAACCGGCACAAAUACAAGAAGCUGCUAAAACGGACCAAGUUCCUUAGGAGGAGGGUGAGAGAUGUCAGGAGGAAGAAAAAACAGGCUAAGUUUGAGAGAGAUCUUUCCCGAAUCGUUAGACGAGCUGGACUGAAGAAAGCCCCAGAUGAAUGGACAGCACCCAAAGUCUAUGUCAGACUGAGUCAGUCUAAAAGAAAUGUGUAAUUAACAUCUGUGUCAUUUUAAAUAUUUGUGACUUUUUUCAUAAUACUAUUGACUAUCAAUACUGCAUCGGGAGCAAAACAGUGACUUGAAAUUCACAGACUCGUCAUGCAUAUGUACUUAAUACUGCAAUAAAAAGUCCUCACCUCUC